GACACUUGCAAAGUAGACCUCUAGUGAAGAGAAAUGAGACUGAAGUGCCGGCGGCCAUCUUCGUAUCUUUAAAUGGUCGAAACCGUCGAAACAAGAAAAAAAUGACGUCACGUCACUCGACCCAACCGUGGGAGCUAAUAUUGCGUUUAUCACUACGACUGUAACCCGGUCUUAGCGUGAUAAAAAAAGCACUUGGUCAAUAUCUGAUCGGAAAAAACCGUCCUGAGUUAUCACAGAAUUUUUCCACUUAGAAUCUUGAAUAGGCUGCAAUAAUGUCAGUCUCCAUAAGUGAGAUAUGCGAGAACACAAAACUAGCCAGAGAAAUGGCUUUGAUGGGAAAUUAUGACACAUCUGGCGUGUAUUAUCAAAGUGUUAUUCAGCAAAUACAUAGACUUCUCACCACAAUAGGUGACGCUACUCGCAAAGGAAAAUGGCAAGUUGUGCAGCAUCAAAUCGCUCAAGAGUUUGAAAAAGUUAAAGCAACUUCAAAUACUCUACAGCUUUUCAAAAUUGAUACUCACGGAGAAAGAUUAGUCGGAGGAUCAUCUUGUUUAUCGACUUUCGAAGAGCCAACGCGAGAUCCAACUUCGUGGACUUUCGGUGAGCUUCGUGAACCUAGUAUGUGGCCACCUGCACCACCAAGAGAUCCUGAUGUCUGGCCUCCUUUAACUCCUGCAGAACAAAAAAAUGCUCGACCACAAAAAAAUCAAAAACAAUCAAUUCGUUCUAACGUUCGUAAAUCCUCGAUUCCACCUGGGAAAAAACAAGAAAGCAAAACUAAUAUGAAAAAAGACGAUAAAAGACCCACCAAAAAAGAUGACUCUGUUAAGGAUAAAAGUGAUUCUGAAAAAAAGGAAGUCGAAGUAGAAGACCGCAAAUUUGAGCCAGCUGGAAAUGACAGAGAUCUUGUAGACAUGCUCGAACGAGAUAUUGUACAAAAAAAUCCAAACAUUCACUGGGACGAUAUAGCAGAUCUUUAUGAGGCAAAGCGAUUGCUGGAAGAAGCUGUUGUCUUGCCGAUGUGGAUGCCAGAUUUCUUUAAAGGAAUACGAAGGCCUUGGAAAGGUGUGCUAAUGGUUGGCCCUCCUGGUACGGGAAAAACAAUGCUUGCAAAGGCUGUGGCCACAGAAUGUGGAACAACAUUUUUCAAUGUCUCUUCUUCAACGUUAACAUCAAAAUACAGAGGAGAAUCAGAGAAAUUAGUACGCUUACUUUUUGAAAUGGCCAGAUUUUACGCUCCUAGUACCAUAUUCAUUGACGAGAUAGACUCACUGUGCUCAAGAAGGGGCUCGGAAUCGGAACACGAAGCAUCUCGUCGAGUAAAGUCAGAACUCCUCGUACAAAUGGACGGAGUCAAUUCGAACAGCGAAGAUCCGAGCAAAGUUGUGAUGGUACUUGCCGCUACAAACUUUCCUUGGGAUAUAGAUGAAGCGUUAAGACGACGAUUAGAGAAACGCAUUUACAUACCUCUCCCUAACAAUGAAGGUAGAGAAGCCUUGCUGAAGAUAAAUCUUCGCGAGGUCAAAAUAGACCCAGAAGUAAAUUUGACUGACAUUGCCAAAAAACUUGAGGGUUAUUCAGGUGCAGAUAUAACCAACGUUUGCAGAGAUGCGUCUAUGAUGUCAAUGCGCAGAAAAAUCGCUGGUCUAAGGGCAGAUCAAAUUAGGCAAUUACCAAAAGAAGAGCUCGACCUGCCCGUAUCUGUGUUAGAUUUUGAAGAAGCUGUUGAGAAGUGCAACAAAAGUGUGUCGCAAGAGGAUCUUGAGAAAUAUGAGAAGUGGAUGAAUGAAUUCGGAUCAUCUUGAUAAUCCUUAUACAAAAAAUGAAACUACAAUAUGAAUUAGAGACCUAACACAGAUAUCGUAACGACUAAUGAAUAUUGUUAGAAUAUUUUUUACUGUACCUAUCACAUUUAUGUUUGAUCGUUUAAAUUUUAUAACAGAAAAAAUCAGAUUAUUAUUUAGUGUCUAUGCUUAACUUUUGAGUCGUACGAGGAAAUUAAAUAUUAAUUUUUGAACUGUGCGAUGUUACGAGUGAAAUCCUGUGCACGUUUUUGAUACUCGACUUACAGGAAUGUGUGAUUUACGACUGUAAAUUGGUUGAAAUUCUGUUUUAAUUAGGACAAAAAUUUGAGUGUUUGUGGAGCAAGUACCGUAUUAUUCCAAGUAUAAGACGAUCCGAAAUUCUAAAACAGUAUUUCAGGGUAUUUUUCUUAAUUACCCGCACAUAAGACGAGUCCGCGUACAAGACUACUAUUUUAGCGGGUACUGUCAACGACGAAAAACCUUGGCGUAUAUUCGAAACAAUACGGUAUAAUCACGGUAAUGAACGUAGUCUGAAAUAUCUCAGGAAUAAUACCCCGACAUCCAUCCAUUUUUAAAUAUAUUACAAUAAUUUUUCUACACCAACUGUAACAAAUAGGAUAUUUUUGGUAAUUAUCAGACGUGCUCAAACGACUACAUU